AUGGCCGAUCACAAAGGAAGCGGAGGCCGCGCUGGUGGAGGCCGUAAGAAGCGAGAUAUGGGCCGGGCAGAAUGGAGUCGGACGAUGACAGACAAGCGAGCGCGCUAUGAAGAGAAAGAAGAAGUCAAACGCCGGAAAAUCGAGAAUGGAGAAGAGGUCCAGACCCCGAUCUAUGCCACGCAGUUUUCCAAAGAGGAGAUUGAGAACGAGGAGCGGAGACCCAAAAAGAAGGUCGCGGUGUUGAUGGGAUACUCCGGGACGGGCUAUGCUGGGAUGCAGAUGAACGACUCACAAAAGACUAUUGAGGGCGAUCUUUUUACGGCCUUGGUUGCCGCCGGCGCCAUCUCGAAAGCCAAUGCCUCGGACCCGAAAAAGUCGUCUUUUGUUCGUUGUGCACGCACCGACAAAGGUGUACAUGCGGCGGGAAAUGUUGUGUCUCUGAAGAUGAUCGUUGAGGAUCCGGACAUCGUCCAGAAGAUCAAUGACAAGCUCAGCCCACAGAUUCGCGUUUGGGGCAUCGAGCUCACUGCCAAGAGUUUCAGCUGCUACCAGAUGUGUGACUCUCGUGUAUAUGAGUAUUUGCUGCCAAGCCACAGUCUGCUCCCACCGCACCCCAGCACGUACCUUGGAAGGAAGAUAGUGGAGCUUGCUGAGCAAGCCGGCGACCUGGAUGAAGUCAAGGCUCGACAAGAGGACGCUGCGGGGUUCUGGGAGGAGGUCGAUGAGAAGCACAUCAAGCCUAUAUUGGAAAAUGUCCCGGAGGAUGUGCGCAAGGUUGUGCAGAAGGCUCUUUACUUCGAUGACAGCGAGGAUGCGGAGCCAGAGAGAGAAACUGAAAUGACAGAUGGGCCGGCAGAAACACAACCCUCCCAAUCGGAAUCGGCUACCGAAAAGUCAUCCGAGACUCCUCAGGACCAACCCUACCAGAUGGAUCCACGUGAACGACUCAUCAAAGAUACCGUCAAGGCCGUCAAAGCGGCUUAUACAACGGCGAAACGCGCUUACCGAGUACCGGCUUCCCGAGUCGCGCGCCUUCAAGACUGCCUGAGUCGCUAUGAAGGCACCCUGAACUUCCAUAACUACACCAUUCAAAAGAAAUACAGCGACCCAUCUGCUAAACGAUACAUCAAGUCAUUCAAAGCGAACCCAACGCCGAUCAUCAUCAAUGGCACUGAAUGGCUCAGUCUCAAAGUCCACGGCCAGAGUUUCAUGAUGCACCAGAUCCGCAAGAUGGUGGCAAUGGCCACCCUGGUAACUCGAUGCGGCUGCAUCCCUGACCGCAUCAAGGACACCUACGGACCAGACCGCAUUGCCAUCCCCAAGGCACCGGGUCUGGGACUUUUGCUGGAGCGCCCUAUUUUUGGCGCCUACAAUGCGAAGGCUGAAGGGCUCUCUAGAAGCCCAAUUGACUUUGAGAAGUUUUCCAAGGAGAUGAACGAGUUCAAACAGCGAGAGAUCUACGACCGGAUAUUCCGGGAGGAGGAGCAGUUGAAUGCCUUUGGCGCUUUCUUCAACCACAUUGAUCAUUACCCUCAGGAGUACUUUCUUUAUGUCACCUCCGGUGGAAUUCCGGCUGCGCGACUCGCUACUGCACCUUCUGCUGAUUCGAACAGCUCGGCCCCGUCCACAUCACGCAAAAAGGGCAAGUCUGAGUGGAAGGCACUUGCUGCUGUUGAGUCCGCGUCCGAAGGCGAGGAGGAACUCCCGGAUGGUGGUGAGGAAGGCAAUUGA